AUGAAAGUACUCGUGCUGGAAGGCGGCGCGAAUGAGGACGACAGUGGCGAGGCACAAUUCGGAGGAACAGAGAGCGUUGUUGAUGCGGAAGAAUACCUCAUCCUAGAGCCGCGCCCGGACAUAGACGUGCUCGAUUGCAACAGCACAUCGUCCCGCGCAGCCGUACGCGCCGCAGGCUUUGUUGCGGUUGGCAUCGUGGAGCACUGCUGCUGCAAUGAGUUCUUCAACAACGUGGCCAACGUCACCGGAUCCGUGCAUGUGGCAGACAGCACCACCACCCUGCGUUUUGGCAAUGUCUCGUCCAUUGGCGGGGACAUUGUUGUUCCUGGCGAGUGGUGGCGCGCAGGAGUGUUGGAGUCUGUCGACUUCGAGUCCCUGCGCUACAUUGGCGGGACUGUCAAGAUCAGCAGCGGCAAGCUUAGCUCGAUUGAUUUCUCCUCGCUCACCAUGAUUGGCGGCAGCAUCGUGCUGCCAUUCAACGACAUCACGCACGUUCAGUUUGGCGCGCUUCUCCGUAUUGGCGGCAACUUGCUUCUCCACGACAACUUGCUCACCCAUGUCGACUUUGCCCGCCUCACCAGCAUCGCCGGCAACAUUCUCCUCUACCAAAACGCCAUCACAGCAUUGCGCUUUGGUGCGCUCACACACCUGGAUGGCUCCCUGUACGCGCAGAGCAACGUGCUCAGUGCUGUGGACCUGCAAGGCAUCCAACACAUCCAGGGCGACUUUGCAGUCUACGACAACGUCAUCACCCACAUCCACUUUGCGGGCCUGACGCACAUUGGUGGCUCAGUGUACCUGGGGGACAACGCCCUCACUUCGCUCAACUUGAGUCAAGUCACCGUGUUUAGGGCGUCUUUCUUCGCCAGGAGCAACCAGCUCACCUCAGUCCUGUUUUCAGACGCAACCACCAUCUUUGGGGAGCUGAAUUUGGCCGACAACCUCUUGACGAGACUGGACCUGAGCCCCGUCUCCAGGGUGGGCAGCCUCAACCUGCAAAACAACUUCCUCACAUCCUUGGACCUGUCGUCCCUCACCCGCAUCGACAGCGGCGUGCUGCUCUCCAAGAACCGACUCACCGACGUCAACUUUGGCACCAUCACGGGCAUCAGCAACACGCUCGAUCUGUCCCACAACCGCUUCACCGCCAUCAACUUUCAUCGCCUCACGUUCGUUGAUUUCUCCCUCUGCGUCGAUCACAACGCCCUCGCACACCUCGACUUUGCUGGCAUCACGCGUGUUGGCUGGGCGCUGGACGUGUCCAACAACAACCUGCGCACCAUCUCCCUCGCCAACCUCACCGUCGGCUACAACAUGGCUCUCAACAACAACAUGCUCUCGGUCGUCGACUUUGGUCAGAUGACUGCUGCACGAGGGUCCCUCAACCUGGCCUACAACGCCCUCACCGCCGUAUCCCUCACCAACCUUCGCAGCAUUGCCACCGACCUCGACCUCUCCCACAACCCGCUCAAGCAGCUGCGCUUUGCCAACCAAACCCGCAUUGGCGGCAGUCUGCACCUGACCAACACCACCCUCGACACACUUGACCUCAGCCUCGUCACGAGCAUCUCUUCUCAAGUCUCUGUUGUCCGCACUGAUCUCACACGUGUUGACUGCAUGCAACUUGGCCGCUGCAUCUGCGCUGACAGCAGCACGAGCCUCCACCACUGUCCGCCCCGCUGCGACGUGUGCUGA